AUGUGGGAGUGCAAAGGGACGAGGACUUACAGCCAGCAAAGAGACAAGGACUUACACCAGGAUGUGGGUGUGCAAAGGGACGAGGACUUGCAGCCGGACACAGACGUGCAAAGGGACGUGGAGUUGCAGCAGGAUGCGGGCGUGCAAAGAGACAAGGACUUACACCAGGAUGUGGACAUGCAAAAGGACGUGGACUUGCACCAGGACAUGGACUUGCACCAGGAUGUGGAUGUGCAAAGGGACAAGGACUUGCAGCCGGACACGGACCAAAGAGACAAGGACUUACACCAGGAUGUGGACAUGCAAAAGGACGUGGACUUGCACCAGGACAUGGACUUGCACCAGGAUGUGGAUGUGCAAAGGGACAAGGACUUGCAGCCGGACACGGACGUGCAAAGGGACGUGGAGUUGCAGCAGGAUGCGGGCGUGCAAAGAGACAAGGACUUACACCAGGAUGUGGACAUGCAAAAGGACGUGGACUUGCACCAGGACAUGGACUUGCACCAGGAUAUGUGCAAAGGAGAAGUGGACUUGCACCAGGACAUGAGCGUGCAAAGGGACGUGGACUUGCACCAGGACAUGGGUGUGCAACGGGAUGUGGACUUGCACCAGGACGUGGGUGUGCAACGGGACGUGGACUUGCACCAGGACUUGGACUUCGACCAAGAUGUGGGUGUGCAAGAAGGUGUGCACCAGGACGUGAGUGUGCAGUGGGACAUGGACUUGGAACAGGACAUGGACUUGGAAUGGGACGUAGGUGUGCAAGAAAGUGUGCAAAGAGACAUGGACUUGCACCAGGACGUUGACUUCGAAUGGGACGUGGACGAAGGUGCGCACCGGGACGUGGGCGUGCAAUGGGACAUGGCUGUGCGAUGGGACACGGGUGUGCAACAAGAUGUGCACCAGGACAUGGGCGUGCAACAGGAUGUGUACGUGUGA